ACUGUUAGCUUUCUUGAAUUUUGGGUAGAAGCGGUGAGAAUUAGAGGAAUCGAGAAUAGUAGUAGUAUUAAUUUGCAGAGAUGGAGAUCCUACCUAACGCUACGCCUAUCUGUCAUCUGUCGGCCACUCACAGCGUCACACCACGCACGCUACCGACCUUAAAUCAAUUAUUUAUAUCCAUAUCUCUCUCUCAUCAAUCCAUCCGCACCACAGCAAAAACAAACCAUGGCCGGCCGCCACCGUAACACCCGCAGAGAAGAAGAACACAAUCCGCCGCCGCCGCAAGUUCAUCACACUGGGCCUGCCCCACCAGUUCACACCGUCAACGCCCCCAAUCCUCAAGUUCAUCACACCUCCCAUACCUCACAUUCUCCGGCCCCACCUCAAGUCCCCAGCCACUCUCCCGCCCCACCGCACGUCCCCAGCCACUCUCCCGCCCCACCUCAAGUCCCCAGCCACUCUCCGGCAGCGGCGGCGCCCCAUCAUGCUCCGGCGGCGUCCACCCACAACGAGCUGGCCAAUAAACCCUCUGUUAGGGUGUAUUGUAAGGCUGAGCCCAAUUUCUCCUUGACAAUUCGUGAUGGCAAAGUUGUUCUCGCGCCCUCCAAGUCCGCCGAUCCUUUGCAGCACUGGAUAAAAGAUGAAAAGUACAGCACGAGAGUGAAGGACAAAGAGGGCUUCCCAAGCUUUGCUUUGGUUAACAAAGCCACUGGACAGGCCAUGAAGCACUCUGUCGGCGCCACUCAACCUGUGGAGUUGAGUGCUUACAAUUCGAACAAACUGGAUGAAUCGAUUCUGUGGACGGAGAGCAAGGACUUAGGGGAUGGGUAUCACACGAUACGGAUGGUGAAUAACAUUCAGCUAAACGUGGAUGCCUUCAACGGUGAUAAGAACCAUGGAGGCGUCCACGAUGGCACUAGAAUCGUGCUCUGGGAGUGGAAGAAGGAUUCUAAUCAACGUUGGAAGAUCGUCCCAUACUGUAAGUUUUUCUCACUUGUACAUCAAAUGAGAACAGGGUUAUGUGGUGUUGAUUGCAUCUCUUUGACGUUGGAUGUGUAGGAUUUGCAGCAUCUUGAGUGGAUGUGAAUAAACAUGGUUGGUGUUUCUGGUAUGUUAUCAGUGUGAAAUAAACGUGCAUUUGCGCUUCAGCUCCACUCUCUCUUCUCUUCUCUUCUCUUCUGUAUUUAAACAUUGGUUGCUGAGAUAAUAUGCUUCGUUUUGGGAUGCCUUGCUUUGUAAUCCAUCUGUUUCCUUGUGUUGUAUUGUAUCUAUGUAUUUACCAAUCAAACUUAUUGAGAUUGAGUCA